UGGAAUAUCAGCAUUAAUGAAAGUGUGCAUGCACAUGAUAACAUGUCAGCGCUCGUGAGACGCUUUCACUCUCGCUGUAGGUGCGCGUGACGCGUCGCUUCAGCCUGAUCGCCGUGAAAGCACCGGAUCGCGGAGCGUCACGUGUCUCCGGUGGACAUCAGAGGAGCGCAAAGUUCCCGACGUUCCAGAUGGGAAGAGCGGGAACGCUUUCGCAAGCAGAGGGACCGAAGGACAUCACCUGAGACCGAUGUUAUUCACACGCGCGCGCUUCACGGCAGACACACACGCACGCGGCGCCGCAGGAUGCGUGCAUGCGGGAAUAUAACGUUUCCAGCGUUGUUGCAAUGCGGCGGGGAGGAAUCUGAUGAGAGCAGGGAUCUGGGACGGUGAAGGCUGGGAUUCUGCGUUAGCUGUGUCUGGAUCCAGACCUCUGAUCGUGCUCUCUCUCCCUCUCUCUCUCCGGUUUCGCCGCUCAUUGAAGCCGCAACGAUGACCACCGCGGGUCAGGAGCAGCAUCAGCAUCAGGACCACACCAUGACAACGGUCUCCAAGAAAUCCAUCAUCGCCAAGAUGUUCAGAGUGCGCAAGAGGAGGGAGAUGCUGCUGGCGCAGGUGUGUUUGGUCUGCAGCGUUCUGCUCGUGGCGUGGGGCAUGUCGAGCAUCCUGACCAGGACAGGUCAUGGUAUGAUUGUGGAGGAGUCUGAUGUAGAAUCACAUGAUCACUGGGGUCGACGGCUGAUGUCCUCCACAGCUGCUAAUGAGACGGAGGAGAAGAACUGCACGGAGCCAGCCAUCCAUGAAUUUCCAAAUGAUAUUUUCACCAACGCUGAGCGGAAGAGCGGUGGUGUGCUGCUGCAUAUAAUAGCGGCUCUCUACAUGUUCCUGGCUCUGGCGAUCGUGUGUGAUGACUACUUCGUGACGUCUCUUGAGAAAAUCUGUGAGAAGCUGAAUCUGAGCGAGGAUGUGGCCGGAGCCACGUUCAUGGCGGCGGGGAGCUCAGCGCCCGAACUCUUCGCCUCUGUUAUAGGUGUCUUCAUCACUCACGGUGAUGUUGGAGUUGGGACAAUCGUCGGCUCUGCUGUCUUUAAUAUCCUCUGCAUCAUCGGCGUUUGUGGGAUCUUUGCUGGACAGGUGGUCUUACUGACCCGGUGGGCUGUUUUCCGUGACUCUUUCUUCUACAUAUUGUCUGUAGUUGCUCUGAUUGUGUUCAUCUAUGAUGAAAAGAUUGUGUGGUGGGAGAGUCUGGUGCUGGUGCUCAUGUAUGCUGUAUAUAUCCUCAUCAUGAAAUUUAACGCAAGCAUGCAGAAGUUUUUCACGAGACGAGGCGACAAGAACAUUGCCAAUGGAAACGCAGCGGCCGGCAGUGAACUGGAGGACGGUAAAGACAGUUUAGACUGUAACUGGGACGAUCUGUCAGUACCGCUGCUGGGUCCAGUCAAGUCCAGUAAGGUUUACAGUCGAGGUUCGGUGCUCAUGGUUGAUGAAAUCAUGAAUGCCAGUCCUCCGAAUUACCGUUUCCCUGAAGCCGGUCUCCGUGUGAUGGUCACAAACCACUUCGGACCCAAGACUCGUCUGCGCAUGGCCAGCCGUCUCAUUAUAACAGAGCGUCAGAGGUUGGUCCAGUCGGCUAAUGGUGUGGAGACAGCUGUGGUGGACGGCAAACCAGACAUCGAGAAUGGAAACGUGCCAGAAGACAAAACCACUGAAGAGAAAGAGAGUGAACUCACCUCACCGUUCAGACUUCCAGACGGCUGUGUGAACAGAACUAAAUGGCUGAUCUCUUGGCCGCUGUUGUUGAUCCUGUACUUCACCAUCCCAAACUGUGCCAAGUCUCGCUGGGAGAAAUACUUCAUGCUCUCCUUCAUCCUCUCCACCGUCUGGAUCGCCGUCUUUUCCUACUUCAUGGUGUGGAUGGUGACGAUCAUCGGAUACACGCUCGGCAUUCCCGACGUCAUCAUGGGCAUCACGUUUCUGGCGGCGGGCACGAGCGUCCCGGACUGCAUUGCCAGCCUGAUCGUGGCUCGUCAAGGUCUGGGAGACAUGGCCGUGUCCAACACCAUCGGCAGUAACGUAUUUGACAUUCUGGUGGGGCUCGGCGUUCCCUGGGCGCUGCAGACCAUGGCAGUCAGUUAUGGAUCAGUUGUGAUGAUAAACAGUCGGGGACUGGUUUACUCCGUGGUUUUGCUGCUGGGAUCUGUCGCGCUCACCAUUCUCGGGAUUCAUCUGAACGGGUGGAAGCUGGACUUCAAGCUGGGCGUCUAUGUGCUGGUGCUGUACGCCAUCUUCCUCUGCUUCUCUAUCAUGAUCGAAUACAACGUCUUCACCUUCGUCAACCUGCCCAUGUGUCAGGAAGACUAGACUCCAUAUCCCAGAAUGCACUGUUCUGAUGUCACGAGCUCCGGAACCAUCAUCACCUCAGACUGGACGAAUGCUAGUCUUCAUUAGCACCAACACUUUAUUCAAGCUUUUGUUCGACUCAUCUCACUGUGGACAGAGAAAUAGAUUCGAUCUUCUACUUCAGCUAAUUUUCCUGAUUCUGACCCCAGAAAGAGGAGGAACUUCUCCUUGGAAGCUCUUCUCUUCUAGUUGAGAUCUUUAAUGUACCAGAAUGCAUGGCAAACACGGAGCGUGUGGACGCCUGGAUAAGCAUUCAUCCUUUCUACAUGUCUACACGGAUGUGUUUCUUUUUCUUGUCUAACCACUGAAUCUCUUCAUGAAGAAUUUAUCGCUCACACAACUGUGAAUUAUUUUGCAGCAUAUCACUUUUUUGGUGAGUUAUAAAUAAGCAAAAUAUUUAGAAAUGCAAGACAAACUAACAUUAUCUGCUAGUACUGUGUCCUAGAAUCAGGUGCGAUCUGCCAUGCAAAUCAGUGCAAUCUCAUUGGUCUAAAAAUCUGCAUAUUAAUCAGCAACAGUGGCAGCUGGCUGUGAUUGGUGCAGCGUUGUCUUUCAUUGCAGAUGGACUUCUUGUCAUCUGAAGCAUGUCAUGCCUGACUAGGAUAUUUUCAUAAUCAGUAUUUUUGAUCUUGUUUUACAUUUUUUUUUGUAGAAAUAUCUAAACAUCCUUAAAACAGGAUAAAUUUGCUUGAAAAUAUUGAGACAUUGAGUUUGCGAGGAAUACAGUAUAUAUAUUCAAAUAAAUUAGUUUUAAUUAGUUUCUUGCAAAUGGUUUUAAGCAUAAACCUGAAUAAUUCGUUUUAGAUUUAUGUAAACAAGAAAUAAGAAUAAUAUUUGGAAAUGCAAGAGAAAUAAAAGUAUUUCUUGUCAAAAAUUGUAGGAAAAAAAUUCAAAUACAAAUUCAAAUUCUUUAAACCUGACCUAAUUUAGUUAGAUUUAUACUGAAAAAGGGAAGAAAAAUAUUUCUAAACACAAGAGCAAUUAAAGAAUUGCAUGUCAUUCCUUGCUAAAAGUAAAAAAUAUUUUACAUUUUAGAAAAACAGACAUAAAUACUGAUAAUGAAUCAUUUUGUUUUGCAUAUAAAUUGUAGAAUCGGUGUAUUUUUAAUCACAAAAAGCAAUGUUCCUGUUUCAUGGUUUUAGGAGGUUUUGCUGUAGCCUCUUUGAGGGCUCUGUGAAUAUAAACUUGCCUAUAAAGACAUUUAAUAAUCAUAUUUAUUUCUAGAUGAGCAUCUGUGCUGUGGUUUCUGGUGGUUUUGGUCUGGUCUUAUGCUCUUGAGGGGCAUUUCAUUGUGAAAUGUAGAAAUUAGCACUUUAAAGCAAGUGAGUGAGCUAUUGGGAGUUAAUUAGAAGCGCUUUCCUCUGUCAGACGUGUGUGUUAUGUGUAUUUGUGUUUGUAUUUGAGCAUAUCAGGGGAAGAUCUUCGGACAGACCAUCAUCUGAACAAUCCACGCACUGCAAAAAAAAAAAAAAAAAAAAAAAAUCAGGUUCUUCCUCUGUAUUUUUGACUAUUUUUCCAGUACAAAUUAAAAAAAAACUCUUAAAUCAAGAUACAUUUACCUGAAAAGCAAAAUUACAAGAUAUGAAAUCUUGUUUUAAAAAAAAAAGACAAAACUACAUUUCGAAUUAACUAUAUAUAUAUAUAUAUAUAUAUAUAUAUAUAUAUAUAUAUAUAUAUAUAUAUAUAUAUAUAUAAAGACUUGAGAAGCUGAAUGAUGGCUUUUCUGAAACAACUGAUAAAACUUAAUUGAGUCUAAGCUUAAAACAAGAAAAAAUCUUUUCCUGCUCAGCAAAAUAAACUUAUUUAAAAGAGAAAACAUUUUUUUUAGCUUAAACUCACUCGCUUUUGAUGAUUUUUUAACAAAACAAAAUAAAGUGAGUUUUUGCUUAAAACAAGAAAACAUAUGUAAAAAUAAAUAAAAUAAUUACAUGUUCAGAAAACAUGAUUUGAGAUGCAAAGUGACUUAAUGUAGGCCUUUUAAGUCUUGUUUUCUAUGAAUAAAAAAAUAAUAAUUUUUAGAGUCAGAAAUCUUAUUUUCUGACCCCAUUGGCAGAUUUUACCUAUAGUUUUAAUAUUAGUUUAUUAAAAUAUUAGGUCUUGAUUUAUUUUCAAAAUUAAGUACGUUUAAGCUUAAAACUUAAGUGUCUGCAAGUCAGAAAAAUUAACUUAAGGGAAAACAUUUAUCUUUUUUUUGCCAUGUAUUUUUUUCUUGUUUUAAGGAAAAACUCAAAUGUUUAUGAACCAAGACUUAAUAUAAAGUCAUUUUGCUUCUCAAAUAAAUGCUUUGUGAUUGAUUUAAGAAUCUAUCUGUACUAAAAAAUGAGUCAAAAACACAGUGUGCAGUGUGAACACAGCCACCAUCAGCACACGCCUGCGACUGCAGUGCAUUGUGGGACAUUCCACUGAGGUGAUCUUCGGACACGGCAGCUACAGAACCAAACCUCCUCGGAGAUGUUUUCCCAUCAUGUGAAUCCAAACGAAAUACGCAGCUGUUUUUGUGUCGGGAGAACUGGGUUUAUGCAAUAUAAGCACUGCAAACAUCAUUUUUUCUGAAUGUUGGAAGUGAAAUAGCAAUAGGAUGUGGACUCGUAGUGGACACUAUGCAGGGAGGAUGUGACUGUGCUCUCCAGGGCAUUAGCGUCCUCCUCAAACACAGACUAACGAGCCGCCUUGAACUUCUGAGAGGAAGACGAGCUUCAGUGUUUGGUUUGAGCACAUCUGGUGGAUCCUCCAAACUCAACUUCAUCCAGAGACACUUACCAUUGUUUCUCUUGACUUUUUGCACAGACACUUCAUGUUUAUGCAUUUCUGACUGAUACUGCAACAUUUAAAGAACAAAACCAGGCAUAGAUGAAUAUUCUCUAGUGCCAUUUUGUAAUAAAAAAUGGGGUUAAAUCUCACAAAAACAUGUCCAUGGUACAUUUCACCCCAAAUCACAGGCUAAUGUUGUAUUUUGCGUAUGAAGUCUGUUUUUGUGACACUGAUUCACUGAUUUAAAGAGAAUUAAACACAUUUCCCCUUCAAACUCUCAUUGUUUCAAUCCCCCCCCCCUCCCACCACUCUCCAUUUUUUAUUAUUUUAUAAUGAUAAUGUAUUGAAGCCAGUCUCCACCCAAGAAUAUCUGUGACUUUUAAGUAUAAUUGUGACUUUUAUCUCACAAUUCUGACCUUUCCCCCAGAAUUCUAAAUUUGAAUCUCAAAAUUCUGACCUUUUUUCUCAGAAUUCUUAUUUAACAUUUUGCAGUUCUGUUUAUUUAUUUAUUUAUUUUUGUCAAAGGGUAAAAUAAAAAAAAUACUAAUUAAGACUUUUUGCCCUCUGAAUCCUGAGGGUGGGGGGGGGGGGGGGGUUAUAUACAAAAGUAAAAAAGAAAUUGCAGCUCUUUAUCUCACAAUUUUCAAUUUUUUUAUCUUCACAAUUUUUUUCUUUAUGAAGAACUGCAUGAAAAAUGUCUGAAUUGUAAAAUAUAUUGUCAAUAAACAAAUAAAUAACUAUAUAUAUAUAUUGCUUUACAUAAUAUGAAUUCACGGGAAAUGUGUAUAAUUGUCAUGAAAAUAAUGUCGCCAUGCAAAAACUCUUGGUUCUUAAUAACAGACUUCAUUUUCUUUAUGCAAAGUAUAAUAUCUUAAUUUAAUUUAUUUAAUUUUGGGGUGAAUUUUAACCUGGACAUUUUCUAGACAGGUUAUGAAGGAUUUCCCCUAUAAUGCAGACUUUUACAGCUGUUGGAAGUCAUUUGUUCUUUCGAUCAUUUGUACGUACAUGCUUUGAUCAUGUCUGAUUUACCAUCAGUUGAACUGCUGGGCUCUUCAUAUCAGACUUGAUUUGAGAUUUUGUUGUAUAUUAACACACACACACACACACACACACACCAACACAAUGAUCAUAUAUCUUUUUAUGAAUCACUUUUUUAACAAUUCAAAUUCAGACGGCAUAAUUGUUGUACUUACAUAUUGUGGAUUGUAUGGGAACUUACAAAUUAAGUGCACACACACACAUUAGAUACGUGUAUGAACUGCGACCCCAUGCACUGUGACCUCAAUGUGAUGUGCGAUUCAUGUCAAUGAUUAUAAUAAUAAAUGUAUGAUGAUCAAAAUAUAAAUGUCUAUAUUUCAUGUAAAGUUAGGUACUAUAAACCACUACUGAAUACAUCUGUAACACGUAAAUGAAUGUAUUGUCAUGCUUUAAUGGACAUAUCCAACCAAUGCAUUUUACUGUAAAGCAAUAACAUGAGAAAAAAAAAAGAUAUAUAAAUAGAUAUAUGAAAAGAAUGAUUCCUGUACAUUUUUCAUAUGAAACUUUGAGAAAGGAAUGUUUAAAAUAUGUCACAAAUUAAAUGAUGCCAUUUAAACCUG